AGAGAGUGAAGUGAGGAGUUUCCAGCAGUGUCUGCCUUAUAUCUCACAGCUCAGAUCAGAGGGGGCGCAAACAAAGGAACUGGAAAUGGACAUGUUGGCAAUCCAGUCAGCAGUAGGUGACUCUGAGGUCAAACUGGGUCCAAAUACACCAGACAUAAAUCCCAAAGAUGCGACAAAGCUUCCAUCCAGCUUCAUACCUAAAGUUCAAAAUGAAUCUGCACAAAUCUCCUACAGGUUCAAAAGUUCUGGCUCAGGUUUGUUCCACUGUACGCUGACUGGACUGGUGUUUGAUUUGACUCGGGAGGCAGAGCUCCUGUACAAAAUCAUCCAGUGGGAUGAGAGCAUCCUCCACCAAGCUGGAAAAAUGGCUGCAGGGCCACUGUUCGACAUCAAAUGUUGUGAGGAUGCUGUCCGUCAGCUACACUUCCCACACUGUGAAACACAGAAAGCUCUGCUCUCUGAUGGCCUCCUCUCUGUUGUCCACUUCACUGAUGAUACAAUGAGCUUCAUCAAACCACUAAAGAUCACAGAUACUCAUGUGGUAAUCAAAACCCCACACUUCUCUGCCUUUGGUCCUGUUGUUGAUUUGGACAGUGCAGAACCAGUAAAGGGGCAAAUUUUAUUGUUCCUCAGACCACCAAACUGUAAAAAAGAGACUCAAAACCUCAAUGUGCUUCUCCUGCCAAGAAACAUUCCCCUGGAUCAGGUAAGCAGGCAACAUCAAGGUUCCCACUUCAUCCUGGUGCCUUCUGCAUGUAACCUCAUCAAAAAUCAGACCUACACCGUUCACUGCCCAGUGGCCUGUAAAAUCCAACCCAAAAGAGCUGAGUUAGACAUGGGGUUUGGACCAAACUACCCCCCAACAUUUGUGAUCUGCUUUCCAAUGAACACAGAAGAAAUAACUCUGACUCUCCGAGACCAAACUGACGCAGAGGUUUGGGAGCAUGAAGUAGAUCUAACAGAUCAUCUACCUUUCUCUGCAGAUGGGAGAAUCUCAGCACAGGAAAUCAUGGUGAUGCUUCUCGAUAUCCUCAAAGAUUUAAGUGAUGACGUAUUCAGCGACUUUAAGUGGCACCUGAAGAUUAAAGAGUGGAAUGACAUGCCACCCAUCAAAGAAAGCGAUUUGUUCGAAGCAAAAAGAACUACCACAGUAGAUCUGAUGGUGCAGAAGUAUCAGAUCACUGGAGCUGUGCAGCUUCAGAGGUCCAGUUUCAUGGAGCCAGGAGAAGUACCAUGGGACACUGGAGAGGGAGCAGAAGAGGCUGUUCAUGGAUUUAUGCCUGAAAGCAGCACUUCAUGAUGGACCAAACUUCUACAAUGUAGUGAAGAUGCUCCUCCCAUUGUUUCCUGUUAAAACGGACUUAGACAAUAUCUUUCUUGAUUUGUUUCAAUAUGUGAAGAGCAAAGAGUUUUUAGGUGACUUUCAGGGUUUGAGGCCAUUUUUCCAGUCAGCUCCUGCAGUCUGGUCCAUAAACCUCUCAGAGAGAAAGACCUCCAUCCUCCUGGAAGUGCUGAAACUCCAACCAGAGAAGAAACAAGUGGAGCUGACAGACUGCUCACAUGAAGAG